AUGUCCGACACCUGUAUUGUGUGCUUAGGAGACCUUGGCGAAGGCGCCAGCGAUCCUCGUGCCGUCGUCCCCGUUCCCGCGCCAAGACCUGACCUGGCUGUUGAUGGCAAGUCCAGUGUCCCUUCGUCCAAGGCUGAUGACGUGGAUGGCUCCGAGGAUGCUGGUCAGAUCGCCCAGUUACUCCCCUGUGGUCAUAUCUUACAUAACAAUUGCUUGAAGCCGUGGGUCGAGCGAGCCAACAGCUGUCCGAUAUGUCGCCGCAGCUUCAAUCUCGUCGAGCUGAGCGAGAGGCUUGGAGGCCCCGUUCUUUCGUCCUAUGCCGUGCAGGACCGUGUCCAAGUGGCCGAGGUCGAUCCCUCGAUGAUCAUGGAGUUCGUUGAGGAUGACCUCGCCGAAUACCAACCGUGUCCCGUCUGUGGCGAUGCCGACAAUGAGGAGCUGCUGCUACUCUGCGAUCGGUGCGAUGCCCCUUAUCACACCUACUGCGUGGGCCUCGACGAGGUACCGUCGGGGCCGUGGUACUGCGCUCGGUGUGAGGCCCAGCGGGCUUCAGGCCCGGCUCCCCUCGCCACCGACAGUGCGGCUCGCCCCCAGGAACGGCGGGGUCGUCGCACUCGGGCGCAGCAGCGCCGGAUACAGAACCGGAGCCAGCUGAACUCCCUUCACUGGGCCCAGGUGUGGCAAUCCGUCUGGGAUCAUCUCAACAUCGACUUGGACUUCCCCUUCGAUGAUGACCGGGCCGCGGAGCGUGUUCGGCAGCAACAACGACGCGAGCAGGCGAACCAGCGGGAGUUCCGUGCCUGGCAGCGGCGCUUUGAAGUGGCGGAGCGCCAGGGAGCGCCCCACCGUUUUCGGGACGCCGCCGCUUUGCUCGACAUCGAAGCCCCCCGUCCGUCGCGGCCCCGUGCCCCUCGGGAACCGACUCCAGAGCCCGAAUCCCUGGAGGAGAUGCGGGCGUGGAACGCCUUUGAGCGGGCCCGGGAGAUUGAAAAUGAGCCGGGCGCGUCGAGGAAACGAAAAGAGCCGACCAUGUCACCAUCACCCGAGCCGGCAGAGCCGCAGCGGAAGCUCAAACGCCCGCGGACCCGCAGAGCCCAGGAUCUCGCCGUUCUGGCCUCGCAGAAUGGGGAGUCAUCGCGAGCGGCCGGUGCCCAGAUGUCGGCCCGCAUCAACGCGGAGCCUUCGACCGAGCCGAGUUUCCUUCAGUCCCUCUUGAAGGAAGUUGAGGACGCGUCAACCUCGGGGGAGCCUCACUCCCAUGUCCCUUCUGCCGCCCCGACCGACCAUGCGACCCCCGGGCUGUCCUCCCCGUCGAUUUCUCCCGCACCGUCUAACCACUCCUCCCCUCACCUCUCCUCCACGACGCCCCCUCCGCCCCACUCCCGCAGCCGGGCCAUCUCUCCAUUGCGUCUCUCGUCGCCCGUCGACCCGCCCUCUCCACCCUUCUCGCCGGACGUGUCACCGUCUGGCUCUCGUCAGCAGUCCCGAGGCUCACCGCCCCUCCCAACCGACGGUGCACGGCGUCGGGUCCCUCGCUCUGCAUCGCGUUUGUUCGCGGGCCGGGCAAACGACAGUUCACCCACCCGACCGGGCCCCGCCUUGGAGGUCAAAUCCGACAUUCAGAAACUGGUGGGAACCGCACUGAAACCGUACUAUCGCUCCAAGAUCAUCAGCAAACCGGAGUACACCGAGAUCAACCGCACCAUCUCGCGAAAAUUCUACGAGCGCGUGGGCGACGUGGAGACACUAGAUCCGGAAGCGAGGGCGAACCUCGAGCGAUCCGCCAAGGACGAAGUCGACCAGGCGGUCGACAACGCGCGACAAGCGAAACAGCAGACUGACGGCAUCGUCUCUGCCGAUGAUCAUACUUCUUGA